GCACUACACAAAACCUGCCCUUCCUUUUCCUCUCCCCUUCCCCAUUUCAACCUUCCUUUCCCAACCAUUUAAUUAUUUAAUAAUAUUUAUUCUCAGAUUCCUCCAAUGGUCUUUUUCUUUUCGCCAUUGGAUUGUACAGAGCUUGUCAGCUAUAACUAAACCACCCCCAAUCUCAAUCUCUCCCUUUCCUCUAUACUCAUACCUAUCUCUUUGUCUUUGCUCUUUUUUUCUGUGGUUUUUCUGGGAUUUUUACACCCAUACUCCUCUGGGUUUUCUGCCUUUUCAACGCUAAAUUUCUAUUCAAUCUAUUGCAGAAACAGUUUUCACACCCAGUACUCCAUUUCUGCUGUAUAAAAAGCUCAGGAUAACAAUCAAGACUCGCAUACAUACAUAGACAUAUAUAAUUUUCAGUUUUUUUUUUUUGGGAUUUGUUUUUAUUAAAAAAAGCCUGCUUUUUUAUUCGGGAUUGUCUCUGAAUUUCGUUGUUUGAAAUUAAGGGAGGAAAUUAAAUUCACAGAUAUGGGAAAGCAAGGACCUUGCUAUCACUGUGGUGUUACCAGCACCCCACUUUGGCGUAACGGGCCACCAGAAAAACCAAUUCUGUGCAAUGCAUGUGGGUCACGAUGGAGAACGAAAGGAACAUUGGCAAACUACACUCCUUUGCAUGCUAGGGCAGAUUCCGGUGACUUUGAGGACUACAAGGUUUCUAGGGUCCGACACAUACCUGUUAAAAACAAAGAGGCAAGAUUUCUUAAAAGGAGGCAAAAUUACGAUUGUUUCGAAACUGGGAUUGCUCCAGAGUCUAGUCAUGGUUUCCGUAAGAGUUUAGAUGAAGAUACGAGCAAUAGAUCGAGUUCUGGCUCUGCUGUCUCGAAUUCAGAGAGCAGUGCACAAUUCGGUGGUACUGAAGUUAGUGAUUUGACAGGUCCCGCUCAAGCUAAUAUAUGGGAUACAACGGUGCCUUCAAGGAAGAGAACGUGUCUUGGCCGCCCAAAGCCAUCGUCUGUUGAGAAGCUUACGAAAGAUCUAUACACUAUCUUACAUGAGCAACAGUCAUCCUACCUCUCGGGAUCUUCUGAAGAGGAUUUGCUAUUCGAGAGUGAUAGACCGAUGGUCUCUGUUGAGAUAGGACAUGGGAGUGUCCUAAUUCGGCAUCCAAGCUCGAUAGGUAGAGAGGAAGAGUCGGAGGCGAGCUCUCUUUCGGUUGAUUACAAGCAACAUUCUUUAAACGAGUCUUAUUUACGAUUCUCUAAUAAGGGUGCUAAUGCACCAAAUGUGGGAAGUGAGAGAAUCAAGAAGCCUACUGGACAAGGAAUGGAUCAAGAACAGGUGAAGAGGGAUAAGGAUCAGCUCGAAACAUUGCAAAUUCUAGCUCAUCACGAUUCACCGUUAAGUUAUAUAGAUCUAAAGGAAAUCGUCAAUUUUGAUGAGUUCACCGCUCAUUUGACAAUCGAGGAACAGCAGCAACUAGUGAAAUACUUGCCAAUUAUCGAUACUUUUGCACCGCCAGAUAGUUUCAAAGGCAUGUUCGAGAGCUGUCAAUUCAAGGAGAACUUAUUGUCAUUCCAGAAACUACUAGUAGACGGAGUUUUCGAUAACUCAUUGUCGGGCGUGAAAGUAGAAGAUUGUAGAACUUUGAAGAGAUUUGCGUUGUGCAACUUGACAAAGUCCAAGUGGGUAGAACAUCAUAAUCAUCUUGAGGAUGUAAAGUGUAAAAAUCGUAGCAAGGGGUCUGAAGUUGCGGGAGAGUCCGAGGUUUUUGGCGCUGGAUUUUCUGUAAAUGUUAAACGGCCGCGAGAUGGGCAGCAUCCAAAACUUUCAGGCGCAAACACAGGAAUGAAGAGUCCGAAAAGGGCGACGAAUAGGUUCAGUAGUGGACACAAGGAAACAUCAGACAGCGACGCCUCUUGUUUCACGCCAAAACUCCUAUCUGCAUUGCCCUUCGAUUACAGUUCCGUCGUGCUAGAUUCUAUCGGUUUUGCAACCGAAAGCUCGGACCAGGACCUGCUGCUGGAUGUUCCAUCCAACAGCUCGUUCCCCGAGGCCGAACUUCUCCCCGUGUCGAGCUUCAUCGUGCAGGCGAGCACCAGCAGCAGCUCGGUGUACCACCAUCUCGCCCGGCCCUAACGAAUACUUCUCGUGAUGUCGUUAUAUAUGCUUUCACAUGGUGAUUAUAGAUUUAUAGUCCACUGUUUUGCAUAACACAGAUAUCUGACAAUGAGGAUUGUGGAUAGUUUGGUUGCCCUUUUUCCCCCUUUGCCCCCUUCACCUAUUUGCCUUUAUGAAUUCAAAUUUUGAUCCUUUGGGGAAUGGAUGCCAUUGGGGUUUUCUUUUGUAUAGGAUGAUGAUCAGCAUUGUAUAAUGGUUUUUGUUGGCCAUGAAGUUUACUUCUUUUUUUCUCACUGGCAUUGAUGCCUAAGAAGAGAUUGCUAGCAGUCA